UUCGCCCAUCUCUCUUUAUUUCUACAGUGGGCUUUCACAUCAGUCUUAGCUGGCUUGGGCUGUUCUGCAUAUCAAUCCUAUGCAUUAGCCCAACUCAUUCCAUUCCCGUGAGUAUCUUCAGUCCAGGAUGAAGAGCGGUGGAUCAGCAGCCCCUAUUUAUACCCCAUGGCUUCAGUCUUGUGAUACAGCAAAGAAAGAAGGAAGUUUGUUCUUGAAAGGUCACAAGCAUGAAGUUGGGUUUGGUGGUGUUGUCCUUGUUGGUUUUGAGCUCUGUGACCUCUGUGAGUUGUGAGGAUGAGGAUGGGUCUGCCAAGGUGUUUGAUGAAAAUUUUAAGGUGAUGUGGGCAGAGGACCAUGUUAGGACCUCUGAAAAUGGUCAUGUAUGGCAUCUCAGUCUUGAUCAGAUAUCAGGAUCUGGAUUCCAGUCAAAGCAUAAGUACAGGUUUGGAUGGUUCAGUAUGAAGCUUAAGCUUGUGCCAGGGGACUCUGCAGGCGUGGUCACUGCUUACUAUAUGUCUUCUAACAAUGACAUGAAUAGAGAUGAACUGGACUUUGAAUUCUUGGGUAAUAGAAGUGGACAGCCAUAUGCCCUGCAGACCAACAUCUAUGCCAAAGGUGUGGGUGGGAGAGAGCAGAGGCAUAUUCUCUGGUUUGACCCCACUCAGGAAUUUCACACCUACUCAAUCCUCUGGAACUCUCAUCAGAUAGUGUUUUUUGUGGACCAAAUUCCAGUGAGAGUGCACAGGCACACCAAGGCUACAACCCAUGUGUUUCCAAGAGAACAGGGGAUGUACAUGUUUUCAAGCAUUUGGAAUGCAGAUGACUGGGCUACCAGAGGUGGAUUGGAAAAAACAAACUGGGCAGCAGCUCCUUUUGUUUCUUCUUACAAGAAAUUCCAUGCUCUGGGCUGCAAAUGGGAGGAUUCAUUCCCUGCAUGUAUUGCUACCAGUAAUGAGAAAUGGUGGGAUGAGCCAGUUGCAUGGAGUUUGAAUGAGAAGCACAAGGAAGAUUACAGAUGGGUGAAGAGCAAAUUCAUGGUGUAUGAUUACUGCUCUGAUAAAUCUCGAUUCUCCACACAACCUGUUGAGUGUUCUAUUCCUCCCUGGGAAUAACUUCACCUCUUAUUCCUCUUCUGCAGAAGCCAUAGCUAAUGCAAAUCUUAGCUCUGUAUAUGUUGUCCUUGGUUUGACUGGUUGGUGUAUGUAGUAAUUUCAUUACGUAGCCUUGAACUGCUCAUUGUAUAUAUUGUUAAAAUCGAACUUUUAUGUGUUUUUACGUGUUAUUAGAAAUAAACGCGUGCGACCAUUUUUUAAUUAUA